AUGUCCCACUCCACGCUAGCAGAGAUCGCCAAGGCUAAUUUCAAGCCUGCCUCACCUUUGGUAGACAGAGAAUUGAACCCACACGCCUUAAUUGCCAAAUAUGCUGUCCGUGGCAAAAUCCCUACUAUGGCCGAGCAGUUGAAGGACACUCUUCAGAGCGACCCAGAUGCCCUUCCUUUCGACAAGAUCAUUGCAGCUAAUAUCGGUAACCCGCAACAGCUCGACCAAAAGCCAAUCACCUUCUACAGACAAGUGUUAGCGUUGAUCGAAUACCCAGAUCUUCUCAAGAAUGAAAACGUGACUCAGAUUUUCCCACAUGAUGCUAUUGACAGAGCUAACGAGAUCAUGGAAAAUUUGGUUUCUGUUGGUGCUUAUUCCCACUCUAAGGGUGUCCUUUACUUCAGAAAAACCGUUGCAAGAUACAUCGAGGACAGAGAUGAUCAUCCUGCAAACCCUGAAGACAUCUACCUAACUGCUGGUGCAUCUUCCGCUGUUAACUACUUGUUGAGCCUAUUGUCCAACGGUCCAGAAACAGGUUUUUUGAUUCCAAUUCCGCAGUAUCCUCUAUACACAGCAUCAUUAGCUCUAAACAACGCAACUGUCUUGCCAUACUACUUGAAUGAGGAAGAAAAAUGGUCUGUUUCUGCCUCAGAAAUUCAGAAGGUUAUUGCUAAAGCUAAAGAGGACGGUGUCAAGCCAAGAUCCAUUGUUUUGAUCAAUCCUGGUAACCCAACAGGUUCUAUUUUAACCGCAGAAGGAAUUGCUGAAAUAAUUAACGUUGCAGCUGAGCACGGUCUUGUAAUUAUUGCAGAUGAGGUUUAUCAGGAAAAUGUGUACGAAGGAGAAUUUGUUUCAGUGAAGAAAGUUUUAAGAGACCUGCAAAAAAUUGACUCAGUUAAGUACGCUGAUGUGCAACUUGCAUCCCUUCAUUCCACUUCUAAGGGUAUGAUAGGUGAGUGUGGCCAAAGAGGUGGAUACAUGGAACUUAUUGGCUUUCAAGAGUCAGUUCUCGCACAAAUUUUGAAAUUGGCAUCUAUCUCUCUUUGCCCUCCUGUUAUCGGUCAAGCUUUAGUUUCAUUAAUGGUCAAUCCUCCACAUGAGUCUCACCCUUCACAUGGACCUUUCCGGUCAGAAAAACUGGGCAUCUUCAACGCUUUAAAAGAAAGAUCACACAAGCUUUACCUGGCCUUCAAUAAGAUGAAGGGUGUCUCUUGUCAAGAACCUGCGGGUGCUAUGUACUGUUUCCCACAACUCACUCUAUCUGAAAAGGCAAAGACUGCAGCUGCACAAGCUGGAAUGGCUCCUGAUGAGUUCUACUGUGCUCAACUUUUGGAGAACACUGGUAUUUGUACCGUUCCAGGAAGCGGUUUUGGUCAAGUCCCAGGUACUUGGCAUCUAAGAACAACUUUCUUAGCUCCAGGCACUGAAUGGAUAGAUGAUUGGGCUAAGUUCCACGAAAAAUUUAUGAAUAAGUACGAAAAUUAG